AUGCCCUUGCUGCCGGUGGUGAAUUCGGGUGUCUUCAAGGGGCAAUACAAGGACAAACACUUCAAUGCAGGUUCAAUUUUGCUCGCCUUUGGUGUCUUCGAGUCCAUUGGUGGUGGAGUCAACACUUAUCUCAGGUCAGGAAAACUAUUUCCGGGGCCCCAUCUAUUUGCUGGCGCAGGAAUUACAGUGCUAUGGGCCGCAGCUGCUGCACUAGUACCCCCUAUGCAGAAAGGAAAUGAAACUGAUAGGAGCCUUCAUAUUGCCUUGAACGCCAUAAAUGUUCUCCUUUUUAUAUGGCAGAUCCCAACCGGUUGGGAUAUCGUUCUUAAGGUCUUUAAGUUCACCAAAUGGCCCUAGUUAUUAUCUUGAUCAUCCAUUCUUUUGUAUUCUAGGUAUCAUUUAAUUCUACUCAUACUAAAAAUAAA